AGCAGCACCGGGCUCGAGUACGCUGGCUCAGCUAGGGAGAGUGGCAGGACCUGCAGGAGGGACGAGACGGACGUCGGAGCGAACGGCUGGGACGUUGGUUGAAGCCCAGUCGGUCGCCCCUGGACCCCAUCUUGGAGCUGAAGUUCCCAUGCUUCCCCCCUGAAGCCCCGCGCACCCAGCCUCUCGCUGAGAAGAGCCUUGUUCGGACUAGGGGCUCUCCUGUGCGUACCAGCCGAAGAUCCCAUCUGGCAACAUCGUCAGACGUUAGCGAUGGGGCCAAAGUUGGGAGCGCAAUGUGCCCCCAAUUCCAAGCUGCCUUUGGAACUCAUCCCAGAAAUAUUGCGCUUCUCGAAGACAGCCGAGCUCCACAAGAUGAUCUUCGUAUGCCGGGACUGGCAUGACUGCCUUCUCAAAUGCCUCUAUUCUACGAUCGUCAUCCGGUCCGAGCGCCAGGUUCAUUUGCUCUUCACCACUCUCACAACCGACAUGGAGCGAUUUCGAUGGAUCAAGAGUUUUAAUGUCAUUCCAUUUCGGGGUGUCUAUUCGUUCGAAGCCUGGACCCCUCCAGCGUUUGCAAAGAUUACCACUCUAGUUACCAUGUCGCGACCAGAUGAACUUGAUCUCAACUUCCAUUCUCUGGCUACUGCGAUUGAUCGCGACGACUACGUAUACACUUUUGGAUGGAAUAAUGGAGAAUUGGUCUUGAGCUCGCUUGGUCAACCGGAUCGCUUCCAAGAGGAGGUGCUGCAGCUCGCUCAAGCGGUCUGCUGGAUCUACGCGGACCAGACCACGAGUCUCAAGAGCUUGGGCGGUACAUUCCGCAACCUACCGCCUUUCAAAGCCUUGCGAAUCGUCACACUCGUUUGCGACCGACUCAUCGGCUACAGCGAAAACAAAGCCGGGCGGCAGUGGGGUCCACGAACCGUCCACACUCUCCGCAUGCUCCUCGAUACCGAUGAAAGCCGGAGCUUCGUGGACCGUACGCCGCGAUGGACCCGCUCGCUUGACAUCGAAUUCAACAGGCAUCCCAUGAAGCUCCCACCAUGGGACGCGAGUACUCGGAUUCACUCACGCGUGCUCAGGUACGCCCCGCCUCGUGUGGAGCCUUGGCGAUUCUCCUUCGACCGAAUGAUAAGCGAUUGGCGUGCCGAACUAGACUCCUACAAUGGCGGGGGCGCGUUGGAGAUCAUGGUCUACCAGGCGGUCAGAUGGAAUAAUUAUCCGAAAAGCAUCGAUAUGUACGUCCAGCUCGCCACCGAGAGCGGGAAAUUCGAAGAAGUCCGCCGUGUGCAAAUGCCUGCCGACAAAUACACAUUGCUGGAAAUGGAACCAUUGCCUGUGCUCGAUGUCGAAUACACGGACGACGAACCGGACCCGGGUCCAUAUUACUGUCACUAUCGCUGAGGCCGGUCUGCAGCCCUUUCAGCAUACGAUAUAGACAGCAUCCCUACUGCAUUAU